AUGGCGGAUCCAGUACCGGCGGAAGCCGGCCCGCUCGAAGCAGACAAUGGAGAGGAGAACGACAAUACCAAUGAUGACAGCGACUCGGCCAUGGGAGUGUCUGUGCUCGGGUCAUCUGCAUCCAUGACAAGCAGUAUCAUGCGUUACCGCGAAGAAAAUGGAAGGACAUACCACGCAUAUCGAGAAGGCCGAUAUGUUUUGCCGAAUGACGCGGUAUCUGGCCGAGACAAGCCUUUGAAAAGAGUAUUGGAUGCUGGAACCGGAACUGGAAUUUGGGCAAUGGACUUUGCUGACGAUCAUCAAGAGACACUGAUAACUGGUGUUGAUCUCAGCCCAAUACAACCGCCAUUUGUACCUCCCAACGUCACAUUCUACAUCGACGACCUGGAAGAUGACUGGACAUACUCCUACAAAUUCGACUUCGUCUUUGGCCGAAUGCUCACAGGUUCCAUAGCAGACUGGCCGAGAUUCAUCCGCCAAAGCUACGAGAACCUCGAACCCGGAGGCUGGAUAGAGUUGUCCGAUAUCCUCCUAGAUCUUCAAAGCGACGACGGAACAGUCAGCCCCGAAUGCGCGACCCAAAAGUGGGCAGGGCACAUGCUCGAAGCGGCAGCGAUAUGGAAACGGCCGCUGGAUAGCUGCAAAUUCUACAAGGAGCAGCUCGCAGAAGCGGGGUUUACCAAUAUCGAGGAAAAGAUUUACAAGUGGCCGUCGAAUCCCUGGCCAAAGGAUCCAAAGUACAAAGAGCUAGGCGUGUGGACGUACGAAAACCUCGGAAAUGGCUUGUCCGGACUUAGCUUGGCUCUUUUUACUAGGGCGCUAGGUUGGUCGGCGGAGCAGCUCGAGGUCUUCUUGGUGGAUGCUAGGAAAGACAUGAGAGACAGGUCCAUACAUGGAUGGUGGCCAGUGUAAGCAACCACCUUUCUCCUCAGUGAAAGAUCGAAGCCUAGCUGACAAUAUCUCAGAUACGUGGUUUACGCACAAAAGCCGGAAUGAAGUCGAAAGCAACCGAGUUGAGAAUGCAUCGAAUGGAACGACAGUACACAUGCGCAAUG